UUUAUAAAAUUUGAAUUUUCUUGAAAGUGUAUGGGUCUCGUGAGUGCAGUGCCCUACACAGCCUUCUAAUCACUCACUCAUUCACCCUGUUUCCAUGCCAAAUAUAAAUUCAGAUCACUUCCUUUUUCUUAGAUAUUUUCUUUCAUUCUCUGUCAUCUAUCACCCUCCCCAACCAAUUUCAAGAACCCCCUUCUCUCUCUCUCUCUACAUAUAUAUAUACACACACAUAUAUAUAGAUACAUAGAUGCUUCCACCGUUUUGAGUUUCUCUGUGGUUGAUUGGCUGGAUUGAAUGUACUCUGCUCUGUCAGUGCUCCAAUUGCAGACCAAAGCAAAGGAAAGGAAAGAAGAGAAGAGGAGAGGAGAGGAAACCCAAUUGCCCAAUUACUACCAAUUAGCAAAUACCCUUUUUUUUUUUUUUUGUUGGGACUAUCUAUCCAUCUAUCUAUCUAUCUAUCUAUCUAUCCACAAAUGGCACUCUUUGGAUGAAUCUGCAGCUCUUUCAUUCUUUUCCUGGGUUUUUGUGUUUUGCUGUAAUAACCAAACACACCCUGUUCAGGUUUCGAUGACUUCAAGGUAGUAAAAGAGUAAUACUCCCCUGCUACAACACACACAAAAGUACAAUCAAUCAAUCAUCAUUCAAUCUUCCUUCCCCUGUUUCUUGAUUUCUUCCAUUACAGGUAAACAUAGAUUUUUUAUUUGAUUUCAUUUGAUUUUGAUUCUACAAUGUCGUCUUCUUGCCUGAGCGGCGCCGGAAGAGCCUACAGAUUAGAAUCUCUGGACCUUGAGAUUAUCAAAUCCCCUUCGACAUCUUCCUGGAUUUCCAACUCAUCGUCUCCAUCUUCCACUCUGUCGGAAUCCAGCAAUUCUUUCUCCACCAGAAAACCUCGGACCCCCCGAAAGAGGCCUAACCAGACAUACAAUGAAGCCGCCGCCAUUCUUUCCACAGCUUAUCCAAAGCUUUUCCCCGCCAAACACCUCACCAAAUUCACCAAGAAUCCUUUCUCCUUCUCCCUCGACUCCGCCGACCUCCUCAUCGACGGCGCCGGCUUCUUCUUGCAGCCGCAACGCCAUAAUUUUCCGGCCGUCAAGGAUUGCCGGAGUCCCGGCGAGAUUGACUCCCGGGGGGCUGUAACGGUUAACUCGUGCGAGAUUGUCGGCGACGAGAACCAUCAGGAUGACUUCGACGCUGAAUCCAUACUGGAUGAGGAAAUCGGGGAGGGGAUUGAUAGUAUUUUGGGAAAUGGCCCGCCGGAAUAUUCGGAUUCCCUCGCCGGCGGCGACCAGAAUAACUGCUGCUACGGGUAUCCGGUCGGGUUGGGGUUUGAUUUUGCGUAUGGAAUUAGGAGGGAGCCGAAAGCUUUCAGAAAUGUCGACGACGGCGACUGGUGGCGCUUCCCCUGCGUAAAUGUGGUCGACAUAACCCCUCCGACGCCGGCCGACAAAUCUCCGGCCGACAAGACGAAGAAGAAGAAGAAGGUCAGCAGCGUCAACAGAAUCAUUACUUCAUCGGCGCCGUUGAAGGUCGAAAAUUCAUCAAUUUCCCCAAUUCAGACGACCAAGAACGCCAACAAGGCGGCGUCCGACGACUCCGCCGCCGCCGCCGCCCCUCAACCAACCGCCGGACUGCUCCUGAAGCUCAAUUACGACGGCGUUUUGAACGCGUGGUCCGAUAAGCCCUCGCCGUUCUCCUCCGUCGACGCCGACGCCGACCCCGCCGGCGGCGAUGUCCAAGCCCGGCUCGCGCAGAUAGACCUCUUCUCCGACAACGGCGGGAUCAGAGAAGCCAGCGUUCUCCGGUACAAGGAAAAGCGGCGGACGAGGUUAUUCUCCAAGAAAAUCAGGUAUCAAGUCCGCAAAGUCAACGCUGACCGCCGACCAAGAAUGAAGGGACGAUUCGUGAGAACCCAAAUCCCCCGGACGAAUAAAUGAAGGAAAGGGUCGAAAUAAAGAGCCAUUUUCAUCCUUCCUAUUUUGUAGUGUUUUUGUCUGUUCUAAGAGGAAUUAGGAACGACGAGCAAGAGUUGAAACAGUUUAGUUUUUAUUUGUAAUUUUGGUACUACUUCAAGAGGUUGUCUUGUCUUCUCUGUUUCAA